AUGUCUAAUAAAAGGAACCGACUUCUUCUCAAAGCCGGAUACACUUAUUACGAAGAUGGAGGCAAAAGAGACUUAGGUCCUGAAACAAGGUCAAGAUGGAGGUGCUCAACUCAUCAAGGAAAAAAAGGCUGCAACGCGAGGAUCAACAUGGUUGGAAAUCAAGUUAUUUAUGAUCAACUUCUGUACAUGAUGUCUAAGAAAGGUAACGUGAUGCUUAGUUACCAAGGCCACAGCUAUCAUUUAAAGUAUACGAAGAACUCCAGAAAAACUUGGCGGUGUUCCAGACACUGUUCGUUCAGGUGCCGAGCCACAAUAACUACUGUUGAUAAUCAUAUUUGGCCCAUGUUCCUGAGGACGUCUGUAGGCACACGCAGCAUAGUAUACAACGGCUACAAAUUUUAUAAGAAAAAAGGUAAAAAUAAAUACAGUGAAAGAUGGCGCUGUAGUCUACACCAGCAUUUCAACUGCAAAGCAAUGCUGUUCACCACGCACGAUCAACUCAUCGCUAUGAAGGGCGAACAUAGUCAUGCACCACCGAAGACCCUGGCAUCUUUAUCGCAAGCCAAACUUAUUAACUGA